CCGAGUCAGGGGGUUGUAUGUAAAUUAUUAGAUCGCAAAGAAUAAUCGCCAUUCGAAUCGGGGGUAAUUUGCAAAACCGCUCACCCUCCCUCCCCGCCGGCGGCCCACAGCCGGCGUUGACGGCGAGCCCGCGGGGUUCCCGGCCGGAUGGAGACUCAGACCACCUUAAAGCUUAAAAUCCUCCCGCGCUUCACCGGCUUCGGCGGAGGACACGCCGGCGACCUGGUGCUGGUUAGCUCUGACAAGAGCGCGGUUUCUAGUGACGAUUAAUGAGGGCGAUCCAAUCUGAGGCCUCCACCGUGAGCUCAUCGCCGGCGAUGGACCGGCGCGCGCAGGGGCUGGUCGCGCCCGUCUCCGUCGCGCUGGCUGCCCUCGCUACGCUCUCGCUCCUGUACCUCUUGCGCCACGCAUCCGCCUCCUGCUUCCCCGCGCCGCGCUCCCUCGCGCUGACCCUCUCGCUCGCCCCAUUUCCCCGCAAUUCCUGCGAUGCAGCCUCCCGCCGCGUGGUCCCGCCCGACCGCCGUCUCGCUAAACUGCGCGUCUCACCGCGCUGGCGCCGCCGCACCGCUGCCCUGGCAGCGUCCGCCUUCCCCCCGCUCCGCGGCCUCGGCUUCCUCGCCGGCCCCUCCCGCGUUCUCUGCCUCUCCGCGGGCGCCGGCCACGCGGUCGACGCGCUCCACGCCGCGGGAGUCGGGGAUGUUACCGGGAUCGACCUCGUCGACUUCCCGCCGCUCGUCCGCCGCGCGGACCCCAACCGCCUCCCGUUCUCCGGAGGCGCCUUCGACCUCGUCUUCUCGGAUGACCCCUCGGCGAUCACCGGCGCGCUCUUCCCGUCCCGUCUCGCCGCCGAAGCUGAGCGCGCCGUCCGCGGCGGUGGCGGCAUCGCGCUCGCGCUCGACCGGCAGAUCGAGACCGCCGCCGUCGCCGCACUGUUCAAGCGAUCGCGCAUCGUGGAUGUGAAGGAUGUCACCUUGGAUGGCUCCCAGGUUCGGCUGCUCAUCUUGCAGAGCAAUGGCACCACUUCAAUCCCACAUUGAUUCGUGUAGCAUUCACUUCAGUUAUAGUCAUUUACUAGUGAUGAUCGUCGGCUCAUUCUCUGGAACCAGAUGCAUUUUAGGGAGCUAAAUUUGUGGAUACGAAGUAUGAUUCAUCAUGGUCAGGAAAAAAAAAGAUGAACUUGUUCAUUGUCAGUAAGUCAGGUGCAUGGGAUGUUUUGCCCAAAUGAUGUGCAGCAUCCACUCAUCCAUGGUGUCUCUUGAGCAUUCAAUUACACUGCUGCAAACUCCUCGCUCCAAAAUCACCUGUAUCCACACAAUUGUGCAGCCUGAAAGAUUGCAAAGCACAAAGCACAACUGAAUGCAGCCCUCUCAGGAUUUGACAGCUUGAAGGCCCCUCCAUGACCCUUCUGCUGUUCUGCUGAAUCUCUCCAGUUGUGCAACACACCCCUGGGUAUUAGGAUUGACGUAUAUUAGCUCCACACCGAAAUGAAGCUUCCUAGAGUUUGAUCCAUGCAUAUGCUUCCUA